GUUGGAGUUGUUUUUAGGAGAUCUUGAUAUGGGGCAGAUGAAAGGUUUGGGAUUGGCACUACAUAGUUUAGAUACAACACGCGAAUGGGAAGUUCACAUUACAAAUAUUUUUUUCAAAGAAAUGUGAAUAAUAAACGAUUUAGUGAUCCGAUUAAAAAAAAAAGAUGAUUUCGUUACUAAAAGCAGAAAGCAAAGAGGAAUUGAAUCAAAUUUUUUCAGAUAUUGAAAAAUCCGAUGGAAAUGACGUGAAAGAUUGGAUUGACUAUUAUCAAAUAACUCACAUUUUAGCAACAAUGAAUUCUUUAGCAUCAUUAAUGGAUGUUGAAAUAUGGAAUCGGUAUGGAAAUAAUAUCAACACAGCAGAAGCUGCGCACUCUCUAGUUAAUAGAACUGGAAAACAGCUAAAACUUUUAUCAGCUAUUUUACGAGGUCAAAAAUUAGAUGAACGUCAUUUAAAAAUAAUCGAAAUUCAAGACUUUUCAGCUGUCCCUUAUACAAAACAAGAUAAAAGCCAAGUUAAAAGACAACUGUUUGCAAUAAAUCGAAAAGAAAAACGAAAUCAAAAGAAUAAAGAAGAUAACAAUUCAUUAAAAAGGAAAUAUGGUCAAUCCAAAAUCCAACCUAUUGAUGAAAAUAAUUAUGAAUUUAAAAGUGAUAAUUCACGAUCGUUUAGAGCUUGAAAUAGAAGAACGAAAAUGAGUUUAAAAGAGCGUGAUAUAGCUUUGAGAAAAGCAGUGGCUGAAGUAGAGGCUAUUGAAAUUACUAAUGAAAAAGCAAAUUAACCUUAAAAAACAAUUAGGUUUAUGUAUCGAUAAUGAAAUAAAUAAACCAGUUUAUAAUUAGUAAAUAUUUUUAUUUAAUUAAAUAAUUUCGUUUAAUCAUUAAAAGUUAUUAACGGGAAGUAAUUUUCGAUAAUAUUUUAUUUAUCGAAAUUAUGAACUUAUGAUAUGGUAGUGAUACAAUAAUAAUUAUUACUUUAUCGGAUUACUAGAUACUAAAAUUUCG